UAGUAAUAAGAGCGAAUAAGAGCAAUAAGAGUAGAGCUCGGUAGGCCUCGUGUAAAGUUAGGUUCAAUGGGGUGACAGUUGCAGGUGUGAAGAGGAACGUUCGUAAUCACAUUGAUUUUUUUAUCUAAUAAUCGAAUUAGUCGACAGUUUCCAGCAGCGGAGUUAUUUGAUAGUUUUUAACAGGUUGUGCUCAUAUCCAAUUAUUUAAUAGUACUUUGUGGCCCGUGGCAGUAAGAGAAAAAUGGAAAGAAUUUGUGUUGAUGAAACUGGCUAACUGGAAUGUAAUUUUUUACCCUCCCAAAGAAAAUUGGAUUGCAGAUCCGAGCAACUUUGGAGUAUAUCGAUAAGUUAUAUACAAAUCAGCCCCACUUCUGCUGGUGUCUGAAAAUGAAAUGUACAGCAUGUGGGGAGUCAACAAAUAAAUGGCAUGAUGUAAGCUUAUCAGAGACAGUGGAGGACCGAACAGGACAUGCCAACAUGCACUAUUCUGCCAAAUGCAAACUCUGUGUUCGAGAAAACAAUUUAAGUAUUCUGGAGGACUCAAUACAAGUAUACACCAAAAGUGACCAUGAGAAUUUCAAGACCAUAGUGCUGUUUGACUGCCGUGGUGUGGAGUUGGUUGACUUCGAUUUCAGGGAUGGUUGGAGUGUGGUUGCUGAAGACAGUGGCCAGAUUUACACUGACGUGGACCUUAGUGAAAAAGAAUGGGUGGAAUGGGAUGAUAAAAUGAAACGCUCUGUUGGUAUAUACAAUAUUGAGCAUCAAUUUGUUCACAUCAAGUGAAAUAAAUGAACUUAGAAAAUUUGA